AUGUCAUUUGAUUACGAAAUAUACAAAGAAGGUGGUAUCCUAAACGAAAGAUAUCAAAAAGUAGAUGAUAUUAGUGAAGGUUCCUAUGGUUAUGUCUCCUUAGCUAAAGAUUUAAAGUUGAAAAAACUAGUUGCUAUUAAAUAUAUCUUUAAACUAGAUAACAAUAAUUAUGAUGACGAUGACGAUGAAAGAAAAAGUAAAAAUUAUAGCAUUAAUUCAAAUGAAAAUAGUUCACAAAAGAAACAUGAAUUAGAUCAAAAUUUACAGAAUAAAAAAUCUUUAAUUUCUGAUGCUGUUAAAUCAAGAUUCUCGAACAAUGUUUGUUUUGAAGCAAUGUAUGAAGUUGAUAUUCAAAUGAAAGUUGGUAAACAUAAAAAUGUUGCUGAAUUAUUGGACUUCUUUGAUUCUUAUAUUAUUAUGGAGUAUUGUACAGGUGGUGAUUUAUAUGAAGCUAUUAAAGAUGAUAUUGUUCCAAGAAGAACUAAAUCAAUAACUUAUAUCAUUUCACAAAUUAUGGAUGCUAUUGAAUUUGUUCAUAAUAAAGGUAUUUAUCAUAGAGAUAUUAAACCUGAAAAUAUUUUAAUUACAGGAAUUGAUUGGACAAUUAAAUUAACAGAUUGGGGACUGGCCACUACAGAUUCUAAAUCAAUGGAUAGAAGUGUUGGUAGUGAAAGAUAUAUGUCACCUGAAUUAUUCGAAUCCAAUUUAGAUAUGAAUGAACGUAAAGAACCUUAUGAUUGUAGUAAAGUUGAUCUUUGGGCAAUGGGUAUAGUAUUUUUAAAUAUUGUAUUCCAUAAGAAUCCAUUUAGUAUUGCAGAUCAAACAGAUAAAUCAUUUUGUUAUUUUGCAGCAAAUAGAGAAGCUUUAUUCGAUGUAUUCUCUUCAAUGACUUAUGAUUUUUUCCAAGUAUUAAGAUAUUGUUUAACAAUUGAUCCAACAAAUAGAGAUUUAUCUAAAAUGAGAGAAGAAUUGAUUAAUUUAUCAGAAUAUACCUUUGAUGAUGAAUAUUAUAACUCUUUAGAAGACGAAUAUGAUAUUCCAAUGUCAUCAGAUGCUUCAUCGACAAAGAUGGUUGGAUCAGAUGCUUCAACAACACCACCAUCUGAAACUAAAUUGGUUAUGCCACCAUCUUCCGCCCCAGUUGCAUUACCUACUCCAAUUAAUUCAUCAAAACCCUUACCACAAAUUAAAAAUGAUGAUUUUGAAAUUAAACAGGAUUCAUCACAAUCUACUACUUCAACAACCACAACUAAUAAAUAUGAUAACUUUAAAAAACCAUAUGAUAUUCCGAAAUUUAAAAUUAAUUCUCAGAUUCAUCCUCCACAUUUGACAUCUACUACUACUGCCACUAAUGAUCAUAGAUUUGAUGAUAAUCAAAAUACUCGUAAUAAUAAUAAUAAUAAUAAUAACGAAAAGCUUAAUACAAACGAUUACUAUAACAAUGCUUAUCAAAGAGAACGCGCUAAAUCAGUUCCUAAGAUCAAGUUUAAUAGACGUCCGCGCGUUAAGAAUAACCAUAAUCAAUAUCAUAUUAGCCCUAAUAAUAAUAACUCCUCACAUAACUAUAAGGGUAAUAAUAAUAGCAACUAUUACAAUACUCACAAUAAAGCAUUCAGAAUGAGACGUAGAAAUAAAAGUAAAAUUAUUAAAAAUUCAAGAAAGCCUCUUGGAAUUCCAACUCCAAAUACGCAUAUCAAUAAUUAUAUCAAUGAUUACAGAACUAAAGAAGAUAAUCAGUUCAAUACAAGAGAUUUUUUUACACCUCCAAGUGUCCAGCAUAGAUAUAUGGAAGGCAUAUUUGAUAAUAAAAAUAGAUAUCAUAGACAACAAUUUAAGAAUAAUCAUUUAAAUGUCCAUAACAACUAUAAUAAUAACGAUUCUAAUAACUCUAACGGUGGUAGUAAUAACAGUAACUAUAGCAAAAGUUGGAAUAAUAAUAAAAGUUCUAAAUUUAGGAGACCAAGUACUACAGGUAACCAAGCAUUUUCUACUAAUUUCUAUUCUGGAAAUAGAUCCAGACAUAGUUUUCAUAGUAGCAAUACCACAAGUGGUAAUGUAUUUAAGCGUGGCACUGUCCAACAUUCACCAGGUAGUUAUAUUCCACCAAAUGCAAGAAGUAAUUAUCCAACAAGUACUUCAGUCGGAGUUUAUUCCUCACAUAUUCCAAACAUAUCUAGUGUUUUAGGCGAAUCAGAUAAUGACAGUUUAUCAAACGAGAGAAACAGACAACCUCCUGCCACUUCGAUGUUAAAUUCUGCAAUUGAUAAUGAACAUGAUCUUGAUGAUACAUUAUUCUCCCUUGAUGAUGGUGAUCAUGAUUACAUUAACGGUCUGAAUAAUUUAUCUCUAAAUGACGGUAUGCAACGUGGGAAUAAUAUGAACAAGAUGAGUAGUUCAGGUAAUACAUUCCGUCAAUUAAAUGGUCUUAGUGUUAAUAUUCCUAACCAUCAACCAAUUCAUUCGAAUAACGAUAACGAUUUACCUGAUUUGUUAAAAUCCCCAGUAAUUAGUUCUACAUCAUUAAACACAGCUCAAGGGUAUAACAAACCAAUGGGUAACAAUCAAUAUUUGAAUAUGCCACGGGAGAUGACUGAAUCCAAUAUGAAGCACAAGCCAGGUGUUUAUGUCCCUCCACAUCAUAGAAGAAGUUCAGGUUAUUCUACAAACGAAGCUGUCUUAUCUGUUUCUCCAAAUUCAAUUAGCAUUCAACAAAAUGAACUACAUCCAACCCAAAAUUUUAAGAAACCAACUAUCCCAAUUGGAAAUUCAGGUACAACCGUCGCACUACAAGAUCAUGACGUGUUCAGAUAUUCUGAUAACGAUGCAUUAAUCUUUGAGGAUGAUGACGAUGAUGAUAAUGAUGCUAACACAAAAUAUAUGAAUGAAACAAAUAGUGGUAGAGCUAGGAGAAGUUUCGGUCCAUAUCAAAUAUAUGAUGAUGACGAUGAAAGCAAUACUAAGCUAAAUGCAUAUCGUUCAAAUAGAAGAACAUCUAGUAUUCAAAAUGAAGUUGUUGGCUCAUUGGAACAAUACAAAAAUAAUUGGUUGAUGUUACAACAACCACAAGAAUAA